AUGGCGGACCCCCUUAGUAUUAGUGCCUCGGUACUGGCUGUUAUUACAGCCGCCAUUCAGUCGACAAGCUCGCUUUGUGCAACAGUUGGGCGCUUCAAGGAACGCAACAAGACUCUUAAAAACCUACAACACGAGUUGGAAGAUCUUGCCAAGAUCCUUAGCUCACUAAAGCGGGCAGUCGAUACUGACGCUGCUAUAUUAUUGCUUCUCGAAGGCCCGGUUCAGCGAUGCAGCCAAGUAUGUAAUGAAUUCGAGCAGUCAAUGAGCGCUUUCAGUAGUAAAUCGAAGGUCGGUUUCCUAGACUGGGCCAAGAUGGAAUUUAGGAGAGGCAAUAUCACUGAGUUUGCGGAAACAAUCGGAGGGUAUAAAGCGACGAUAUCAAUUGGUCUUGGUGUUAUUACAAUGCAGACAUCCAAAGUCUCCCACAAAGUCCUCGAGGAAUACAAUGAGAUGGUCGAAGAUACUUCCUACAACCUGAAUAUCUACUUGCGGCGAAUCGACGAGAAGCUGGCGCGGCUACCUGACGAAGGCACCUAUACAUCGGCGGGAGAUGUAGAUCUGCAAAGCGAAAGAGACGUUACCAAGCAAUGUCUUCGCAUUUGCGAAGAUGCGAGAAUCUAUCUCGACUCAUGUACAAACAAAGAACAAUCUUUACUCCCAGAGUCGCCUCCAAAUGAUCUGACAGAGGACAUGGUACGGCAGCGCUUUGAGGCUCAGCAGAUCACUCGUCAGGCACUGGAGGACAGCCGGAACAGCAUUACACAGACAAUUAUACGCCUUCAGGAGAGACUAACAGGCCUUGUAGUCAAUGGAGACCCGGAAGAUAGUACCGAGAGAAAGCGAUUGCAAGAAGACCUCGCUAUGUCGAAACAGUGCUUAGAGGUGUGCCAGAUGGGCAACGAAAUUUCGAGUCAAAAGAUUUUCCGAGUUGGGGAGGUGGUUGCCGAUGGCGACAGCGACCAAGUAGUGGUGACUACUCUGGCGGAUCUAUUUGACGUCAAGAGAGCGCUCUCUACAGUAAAUUCGGCACAGUUGGUGGGAUCAAUGGAGGGAGAUAAGCUACAGCACUUGGUUACAGAGCGUUAUAGCAGUCGAUUCGGGACUGCAGCGGGUAACUCUGACAAUGGUAACGCCAGCAAUGCCGGCUCGAAAAGCUCUCAUGUUUAUUCGCCUCGAGGGAGGCCGAAUGAGCACGCUCCUGGGCUAAGUGCAAAGGCCUAUGUGCCGUCGUCUAACGAAACUAGGAAGCGGGUAAUGGGUGGCACAUUAGAGUAG